CGCGACGCCCCGGCCCGUGGCAGGCAGCAGUAUCUUUUGAGUACUCACUUGAUCCAAUAUGGCUUUGAUUAGCCGAAAAAGUUUCCAUUUUUAUUCAUCCAGCACACCAGCAAGCAGGUCCAUUUUGAUGACCCUAAGCAAAAGGUUGAGCUUUAUCAGUGGGCAGCAAAAGCCCCAAAACUGUAGCUCUGUAGCCAUGAGGAUGCUAUGUUUCAAAGAUAAAUCUCAGUAUGUGUUAUGUAGAAAAAAUCACGUACAACUGCGGAUACAGUCUCUUUCUGUUAAUGAAACUGUGCAUCUUUGUGGAGAUACUGGGAGCAGUCCUAAAUCUGAUAACGGGUGGAUGGAUGAACAACUAUUUUUCAAGAAGUUGCACAGCCUUUGCACAUCGAAAGAGAUUUUUGACUUCCUUAGCUCUCUGGAAGUUAUGUCUGAUACUAUGGCAUCAGGAGCCCUGCAGAGGAUUUCUGAAGUUGAGGUGGAUGACGAUGGCCUGAAAAACCCUGAAGGAGUGCUAGAGAAUGAAGUUUUUAGGGCAUUAUGCUUCCAGUUUGAAUUUGCAUCCUCAAAACUGUCGAACACUGGGCUGCUGAAUGCAUUGCAAGCUUUGAUAACACUGCGUAUAGAUCCCCAGAGUACACUGAUGGCAAGCUUGCUUUCAGAGGGUGAGGAACGGCUUGGUAAAGGACAGUUGACUGUUAAAAAUCUGUGUGCUCUUGGAGAGAGUUUGCUUGAGUUGGAAGGCCCAAGUUGCGUGACACUGGAACAAAUUGUGAACCACAUGCAAGAAAAAGACAUUGAGAAGUGGAGUCCUAGGGAACUGGUGGUAGUUUAUAAGAUGCUGCAGGUUACUGUCAGGGAAGGGGAACAAUACCAAGACUUGCUAAACAGGAUGAACAGUGUUACUUUAACCAUAGUUUCCCAGCUAAGCCCAAAGUUCACAAGCAUAAUACUGAAUUCACUGGUUGUUCUUCGUCAGACUCGGGCAGUUCCCUUAGUGACAGCACUGUGUAAGCAUUCUGUGAAGUAUAUUCCAUAUUUCACAAGUGAUGAACUUGUAAAUGUACUGGAAGCCUUCCUAUACUUUGGACGUCGUGAACAAAUUUUUACAGAGGCACUGGAAAGACAUGUUCCCAAGUCCAUCUUUACCAUGCAUCCUCAAACAGUCAGCAAAGUCAUGCAGUAUUGCUGCCAAAAGAUGAUCCUUUCUAAGCCCAUCUUCAACGCAGUGGCAGAAGGUUUCAUUUCUGAUGCUGACAGAUUUACCACCGACCAGAUUGCUGAGUAUAUUAUACCAUUUGGGACUCUUAACUAUCUCCCUCCAAAUGCUUCUUCCUUGUUUAGGAAGCUUGAAACUGUACUGCAUACUCGCUUUGGUCACUUUCAGCCUCACACCUUGCUGAACCUGCUGCACUCAUGUGUCCUUAUUCAACGUUAUCCAGUAAAUUUUCUGCCAAAAAUAUUUAGUCCUUAUUUUCUGCAAAAGCUUCAAGCUCAGCCACCUGGUUUGGACAGAAUUGUUACCACCCAGCUAACCCAGCUUUUUCUGACUGUUACCCUGGAGUGCCCAUUUUAUGAGGGUCCCAAACUCCUUCCAAAGUAUCAAGUAAAGGCCUUUCUCACGCCUCACAGUUCCCUGGAUGUUCACCUCCUCAAAAUGGUGAAGACUGGAUUACUUCAUUUACUGAAAAAAAGAAUAUAUUUUGCAUCAGAGGUAUCAACACCAUAUUUCUAUACAAUUGAUAUUGAGAUUAAAUUAGAUGAAGAAGGUUUUGUGUUGCCUGCUGCCCAAUGUGAAGAGGUGCACAGACGAUUCCAUUUUUUGAGAUACAGAGUCUACAAAAUUGCAGAAAAAUGGCAGAAUAUCUACACAAAAAAAUCUUUCCUCAUACAUAUGGACUCAGCUGCUGACACUGGAGAAUUAUACCAAAUCACAGGUUGACCUCCUGUACUAUAAAGUGUAAAUAUUGUGCAUGGAGGAACAAUUCUGUUUUCUAAAUAACUCCACCUAAGGUAAUUUGAGCUUCUGAAUGUGAGACCUUCCAAUAUUUGGAACAAUUGACAUGUAAAGAGUAAUAAAGAGCAACAUAUUUUCUUAAGUUUUGUGUAAAUAUUUAUUAUAAGUUAACAGAUUUAAGUGCCAGACAGUACUGCGUUUCCUUUGUAUCUUCACUCGUUCUAACUCACAACUGCAAAUGGACAGAUGUGACUAUUGAAGGAUACUGCCUGGUGCUGAAUAUACAGAAUGUGCCAUGCUACCUACCAAUCAGGGCUUUUCUUGACAGUAUAAGAAGAAAUUGUGCAAUUUACUCAUAGCUGUUCGUGUGAUUUCCCAAGUGUUUCAUAAAACUAAAAUUUUCAGUAGUUGCACAAGCAAUAUUGGCUUAUUGCUCGUACUUAAGAGAUGUAGAGUGCUUCUCACUAAAUAGCAGUGCCUUACAGAAAAUGAGAGGGUUUUUAAUAAAACGAUUCACUUCACUUUGCGAAAGAACAGCUGCCACAGGGUAGUGGACUUGCACAGCUGUCUCUGUGGGGGCCACCCAAGGUUCUGGGUAUGUACUAUUUGUAGUUUUGUCUUUGGUGGCAGUUUUAGCUAAACUGGCUAGAUGGGGUCAUGUAUGCACUCCAGAGUUCCUUCAGUUUACGGCCUGCCAUGUGAGCCUAAACCGAAACUCAUUAUGCCGUGAAGCUCAGAAGAAAUAUAUCCUAUGCAGUGCUUUUUUAUGUACGAGUAUAAGUUCUGGCAGAAGGGUGGAAGUGAGAACUGGAACCAGUAACCACUUCAUCUGGAACAAGUGUGCCCUAACUUGGGUUAAUGUGUUGCUUCACAGAUGGACGAAGGGAAAAUAACAUAGCUAGUUCUGAUCACAUAAUGUAGACUUGAUGAACUGCCGUGUAAAACACAUUUUCAGGUUAGCUUGUGCAUCCUGCCCUGUGUGGAGUUAUUAUUUACGAGUAGCAAUACAGAAUUCCCAGCAUCACCUGGUUUGAUUUUAACGAUUAUGAUCUGAUACAAAAAAGGUGAAAAUUUACAUCCUUGAAAUUCUCUACAUUUUACCAGCAGAUAUAGAACAUGGCCAUUUUUUCCUUCCAAGGCUACUGUUAAUAAUUCGUGAGUUGCAGGUGUCCAUCAAUUGUCCCAACAAUACCUGGAAAUUUUUGGAUGCAAAAUCCAGAUCCAAAAUAUGAUUUACAUUGUGUCAUGCUGUGCAUUCUGUUCAUGUUAAUUUGUUGCAGGUAUAAAACCCUUACUCACAGUAGUAUGUCAGCACUGACAGGUGAGGGAGGACCAAGAGGUAAUGAGAUACUUUCCAACACUAUAAUAGGAAGCUUACAGCACAUCGGUAACCUAACAUUUGUCAUCCUAGCAAAGAGAAAUUGAAGGAGAAUGACUGAAAUGUCUUUGCAGACAUUCAUAAGGAACUUUUCCCUAAUACAGAAGAAAUCGUCAAGGUAUUCUUUUGACACUAACAGCACUGAAGGGACAAGUCAACCACUCGGAACUGAAUGAGAAACAACUAGUAAGAGGAACAACCUGUGAAAAGCCUUCAAAAGUGAGGAGGGAUGAGAAGGGACUGAAAGAGAAGGGGGUGACACAGCGACAGCGAUGAAAUGAGAGGAAAACUGAUUCUGGUGUCAAUGACUGAUGCCUUUCUCCACGGUGGAAGGGAGCUGGUGAUGCUUAUUUCUCACACCAGAAGGUGGCGGUGUUCUCAAACAGAUUUGAUUGCCCGUAGUUUUCAAACACAGAUGGUUUGUAAAUAUAGUAAAACUACUUAAAAGGAGUGAUUUGUACAUACUGUCCCAAGCUAAAAAUAACCUGUCUAGAAUAUGGCCAUAUUCCAUCUCAUUCUUCACUGGCAUACAUUUGAUACUGAUUUUUGGAAAAGCAUUCUGGUAUUGUUAGAAAACAUUUCCUUCUCACUUUGUUCUUACUGUGAUUCCUUUCAUUUAAUUCUGCUAGAUUUGUUUGAUGAAGUAUUUAUUGUUGAAAAGAAAUGUAGUUGUUACUGCCCUCUUGUCCCUAGCUCAUUGAAUAUAGAGGAAUUUGCAGGUCGUGAAUAAUGAAAGUAAUAAACAUCUUGG